GGAUAUCGAGAAAAAGAGAUUUAUGGAAAUUCGGACAGUUGAUAUACCCCAUCUACAAGGCCUACAGCUUUUUCACUUUCGAUAACAUAUUCGAUUGCUGCAAAUACCAAAUGCGUAUGUAUUGGCGACAGGGCAUGAAAAAGGGUCUGUCUCCAGAGAACUACAUAAAGAAAUUGACGGAUAUGACAGAAAAAGGCAAACAGCUCAACUGGAUCAAGGCGGAUUUCAACGAGACUUCUUGCCUGAAUGUCAUCAGCCAAGUGGGGUUUGGGCAAGGCGCUCUACGAAUUGAGGGCAACUUCAGAAGAUCCUUAGACUACCUUCUGGUGCUGCAGGAGAGCAAAGAAAUGCAUAAGUUCUCAAGCGGAGAUAUAAAACAAGUGACCUUGAAUGAUUUCGUACCAGAACUUUACCGAUAG